AUGAACGGCAGUGGCUACAACACGCCUGAUCUACAUAGAGACGAUUUGUCUGAUGAAGCCAUCGAACUCCUCUACUCGAUAGUCCACCGCGCUUCAUCCUCGCCCGACCACUCCUCUCGCGCACUCUUCAAUGCCUACGAAGAAGUCCUCGAAGAACACGGUCUCCUGCCCAGCGAUGACGCAGUCCUGCAUCGGUUUUUGUUCCGCAUGCAAAAGGAUAGAGGUCGCGACGAGAACCUAGUGGAAAGAUUUCAGAGAGUGCUGGCAGAGUUUGACAUUGUUGUUGACGUCGACUCUGAGGGAGAAGGUGUCGAGAGCACCAGUAAUGCGAACUAUGGCAUGCGCAAUGGUGGAAAUACAGCACUCACUACUGCCUAUGGUGGUACAAUAGGGCUGACGAGGCGAGGAAGCUUUGACAGCUUUUUUGAUGGGACAGCGGAUAAAGUUGCGGGAAGUCAGGUCAGAGAUGCGCCAACGAGUAAGAGGAGCGGCUCGCUCGGCCAUAUGUCCAAUGGGGUCCUGGCGAAGAGACGCUCGAAUUCAGAUACAGAGGCAUUAAGAUUCCAGCAGGCGCGGCUACCGAUUCGCAAUGGAGUGAAUGGCCCAGCGCAUAGAGGGUCGACUUCUGGACAAUACCAAGCACGCCAUCGAAACGCAUCAAUUUCAAGUCGUGGGAGCCUCCGUAUUCGACGAGAUGCUAACACCAUAGCCUCGCAACAGAGGAACUAUGAGGGGACAGACAGUGGGUUCACAGACCGUACGACCAGCUUGGAUCUUUCACGCGUCCAGGUCCCAGGUGUGAACGCGCCAAUUCCUGCCGACCGAUACGAUCAGCACAAUCAGCACGACUCUACCCAUUACUACCAACAAUUUUUUCCGGAGCCGUAUCAGCCGUCGGACACACGAUUGCUGGACGAGGCCGAGACGUUCGAGCAUCAGCGCUUGCAUCGGGUAACACGAGACUGCAUACAAACCUGGCGCAACCGCACACGAGAUUUGAUCGAGAGGCGCUACGAACAGGAUGCGUUGGCUGCAACAUUUGAUCGCAGAAUCUUGCUGAGGCUGACUCUUGAACAACUCCGAGAGACAGCGCAUGGUCGCCGUUCAAGUCGCGAAACCAAUCGCUUCUUUGGGCGUCUCGAGGCCCGCGCAGAUAAAGCGCGGAACCUCUUCCUUCUUACCAAGGCCUUCACACAUUGGGCGAGAAGCGCAGAAGACGAAGUACAACGCACGUCGGUUGCGCGACGACAUAUUCUGCGGACCCGCUUCUUCAAUGGCUGGCGUGAGAUCACGGCUGUAAAUGAACUGAAGAUUCAGCACUUUGUCCUUGCGAAGUUCUUACAACAAUGGAGGGCACGCACGGCGACUGUGCGUGAGAAUGCACAAUUUGCGGUGGCGCUAUAUGCGGAGAACCUUGUGCAGAGAGUCUUUACGAGUUGGUUCUUCCAGUUUUGUGCGAUUGCCGGAUCCGCCUGGCAUACCGAUCGGUUGAAAAGGAACACACUGAAGAGAUGGAUUACAAUCGCUGGAACAAUUAACCAGAGGAACGAAACGGCAAUCAAGCGACAACACAGAGUGGCCUUGAGCAAGAUGUUGGAAACCUGGAAGCAACGGACGGUAGCCAUGCAGAACUUAAAGUCUCAAGCGGAAGAGUUCAGACAAACGGCGCUGAUCACGUCGGGAUACCACAGCAUCCACAAGCGCGCACAGCUCGCGCCCAUUCUGCGACAAUUUCAGGCAAGGGUCGACGGCAGUCAGUUACGACGCGCUUUGCAAGCUUGGCACCGCGCUGCGCAAUUAUCGAAGCAGGCUGGACAGGUGGACAAGUUGCGCGUUAUGCGUAACGCCUAUACCUCAUGGAAUGAUCGCCUUCGCAUGCAGGCUCUAGAGCAGCGGAUCAAUGAUCGCGUACUUGUAGAGUGCUUGUACAAGUGGACGCUUGCAUCACGAGUGUCGCUCUUUCAACGCGUUCACGAUCGACAGCUCAAGGAGUCUACGCUCCUCAUCUGGACGACAAAGAUGAACGAGCGCUCAAACGCACUGGAUGCCGCUGAAAGACGUUUUACAAACUUCAAGCGAGUCCAGCUCCUGCGCACUUGUUUGAAGAAGAUGGAAAUCGAUGCUGCCGAGAAGAGACGUGAAGAAUACGCUGUGAUUGCUGAGUACGACCUGAAGUUAAAGCAGCGCAUGUUCGAAAAGCUGAAAGAGAGACUCGCACACUUCCAGCAGCUUAAGCAAUGGUCAAGCGAUGCUCGCUUUUACGUUCUUGGCACACGAACAUUGAAGAGAUGGAAUAACGCGACACAGCAUGUGCGCAGAAGCCGAAGGCGCGAUACCUACGCGCAAGUGCGAAGAACCGUCAAGAUGAAUCUUGUGCGGAGGCUGCUCGGAACCUGGCGAGACAAGGCGAACGCAAUCGCAGAGCAGUAUCAACAGGCGACCUUCAUGCUGGAGAGUCGCACCUUACGCACCACUAGUACCUUGCUGCAUGACUGGCACGACCGUACUCUUGCAAUCCAACAAAUGGAUGCACAGGCUUCCAAUGCCUACGCCUUCAAGCUCGGUAAUACGCAUCUGCACGCUUGGACACGACGUCUCAAUACACUGCAGUCUAUGGUCUCACAAGCGAUUGCACUUCGUCAGGAAAGUAUUGAGAUCGCAGCAGCAGGAGCACUCAAGCGCCUCGGCUGGCGCCUCUGGAACGUGCAGCGACAAGAGGAAACGGCCAGAGCGCUAUUCGAGCGCAAUUUCGAGAAGCAUGCUCGUGCCAUGAUACGGUUCUGGCAUGAGCAGACAGCCGAGCGCCUCGCCAUUCGACCUGUAUCCCCGACGCCCACAAGAAUCUCAAGAGGCGGGCGUCGAAGCCCGAGCAAUGACGUCCGCCUCGAUGACGAAGAUAGAGAUGUUGAAGAUGAUAACGAGGUGAAUCUUGAUGACGUGGGCGAUGAAACCCGCCGCCUUGAGACUUGGACCGCUUUUGACGCUUCUGCGCUUGGCCUGAACAACGAUCUUGAUCUCUCGCUGUCCAUAACACCAGAGCGUCAGCGUACAGCCACUACCCACCCCUUACCUCCGUCAUCGAUUCGUCCCUCGACUUCACGGCCACGCACGUUCCCACAAUCUGCAUCAGCACGCCAGCCACCACCUGCCCCUGAACCUGCGUCCCCAGAUCUUGAGUUUGCUGAGGACGAACGAAGCAUCUUCUGGGCCGGCACGCCCGCCUACCCACCGCCCACCACCAGCAAAUCUCUCAAAGGCGCAGGAUACCUCAAAACACCAAGCAAGCGUGCAGUCGUACGCGCAAAGCGACCAGAGCUGCCUCAUAGUCCCGAGAAGCGCGUUGCAAGGCUGGGCGCGAUGAGUGCGCCGCCUUUGCAAAUGACGAGGGACUUUGGACCAGCAGCUCAGCCUGGUGCUGGGGGCGUGACAAGUUUCGAGAGGAGGCUGAGGGAAGGGGGUUUUGGGGCAUCCGUUAGCGGAUCUGUAGGGGUACCAAAUAGUGCCAUGAAGGGCGCUAGGGGCAGAGCAGCGAGAGGGAGGGGAAGGGUAGGGUUCGGAGAUGUCAGUCAGUUUGGAUAA